AUGGGUGGCAUAACGGCCCUUGUUGGUAAGGCAUAUUGCCUUCCAUUUUUAAUACCAAUCCUGACUUUAUUUCAGCAUCUGUUUGGUGGCACCUUGCGUGGGCGUACCUCGAACGACUUCCCUUGGAAAACUCUACCCAAGGAGCUAGCUCGGCUCGGAUGUCGCCUCGUCAACUACCCUGAUGAUACUUUGAUGCCCGGCAAGAUUCGACCUACACUCAUUUGGAGCAAAGGCAUACAUGAUCUGACCCUUCCUCAUCGGGUUAAUCUUGUCAAUGCACUCAAGAUGGGCACCUUCACUAUACAGGCCAUGACAAAUGAUACUGCUCGCAAACGCCUUACAAUGUCCUGGGACCCAGUCAUUAUCGCAGAGGCGCCCUCAUAUCGAUCAAAACCACUCCCGCGCGCGACGUGUGUUUGCUAA